UGUGUGUGUAUUCUUAUUUUUCUUAUCUCCUGAAGCAAUCUAAUUCAACCAUUUACCUGUUCCUUGAACCUUAUAUAUAUAUAAUACUUCCUCUUAGCUCCUCCUCCUGUUCCUCAAAGAACCACAAGAUACAUCAAAUGAAGCACAGUGAAAAUUGAUACUUCUCUGCUGUUUUCUUUGAGGCAAGUAGUUAAGAAUCGAUACAAGGGCGGUAUAGAGACGGUUAUGGAAUGGAUUCAUCCUUCGAAUUGAAGUGAUGAAUGGGAAGGCCAAGAGGUCGGGAUCUCAAAUGUUUCAGGAAUGGUUCACAAGGAACGACGAGGAAGCUGGGAAUCAACUGACGCGUGACAUUUCGGAUAGCACCCAGGUACUGAAUGAGGAAGGAUUGAUGGAUAAUGGUCGUGGUGUACUGAAAGAGACAGACUCCUGCUGUCUAAGCCAGGAGUUAAGGAUAUUCAUUGGGACAUGGAAUGUAGGGGGAAGAUCUCCAUUGGGAAGUCUAGCGGUGGAUUUAGACGAGUGGCUGAAUCUGCGGAAUGGGGCUGAUAUGUAUGUUCUCGGAUUUCAAGAGGUUGUACCUUUAAAGACACAGAAUGUCAUCGGUGUGGAAGACACGAGGCAAGCAAAGAACUGGAAUCUGCUGAUAGCGAAGGCUCUGAACUACAGAUAUGGUUGUCCAUGGUUGGCACCAAUGCUGAAUCACAUCUCGAGCAGUCCACGAGCAGGGAGCCUGAAAAGAGAAAGAUCGAGAAGAACCCAGGAUGAGAAUCUAUUUGGGGAAAGCAAAUACAAACUGCUGGCGAGCAAGAAGAUGGUAGGCGUGUUUUUGAGCGUGUGGAUAAGAAACGAAGUAUUCAGGAGGUUUCAAGUUUCCGACGUUAAGUUCUGUCCGGUGGCUUGCGGUCUGAUGGGUUACCUGGGAAACAAAGGUUCCAUAUCCAUAAGCUUAUCGAUAGAAGGGACCAGUUAUUGCUUCAUCACCGCCCAUUUGGCUUCAGGGGAGAAGAAGGGCGAUGAAGGGAAAAGGAACCACCAAGUCUUGGAGAUUUUCCGAAGAACUCGCUUCCCAAGAUCCUCGAGAGACGAAACCAGACCUCUCACCAUCUUGGCACACGACCGGAUAUUUUGGUUCGGGGACCUCAACUACAGGUUAUGCAUGGAAGACGAUUUAGCAAGGCGUCUAGUGCAAAGGCAAGACUGGAAAGCGCUGCAACGGUUUGAUCAAUUACGACGGGAACAGGAAGAAGGAGGAGUUUUCCAAGGCUGGACAGAAGGGGACAUAGAGUUUCCUCCGACCUACAAAUACUGUUCGUUAAAUUUCGACAGAUACUCAGGCGGCCUCGCAAGCAGAACGGGAGAAAAACAGAGAACCCCAGCAUGGUGUGAUAGAAUCCUGUGGAAUGGGAAAGGGGUGAAACAGCUUUCCUACUCUCGAAGCGAAAGCAGGUUUUCCGAUCACCGACCCGUUUCUGCACUAUUCUCUACUCAUGUAGAAGCCAGAAAGCAUGAGAGUUCGAGAGUUACCCCUAUGCAGAACAUGCUUCUCGAUAUAGUGGCUCUUGAACAAGCAGAUUCGGACUCGAGCUAAGGAGAAACAGGAACCCUGUUGAUUUUCUUUAUCUAGAGAACACAGCAUAUGGAAUACAAGGAUUGUUGACUGGCUAAGGAAAAGGCAGGUAUAUGUACACAUAUACAUGAUGGAUCACAUUUACUUUUCUAUAUUGCUCUCGGCGUUCCAGUGGAGAUUUGAAGGGUUUUCUGUAAAAUGAUAAAAGGAUAGGAAACUGUUUCGUCGCCUCUGAACAUGAGCGAUCCUUAAUACUUGCUGGAAUCGGUAUAUGUAGUGAUGAUACUUACAGAGACAUGGUGCAUAACUUAAGGGCAUC